CUUACGAGGCACUUAAUCUGCGCCGGGGAGCGUUUUCUAUCCCCUGGCGUUUGGAUUCUUUAGACCGAAAAAGGGGUAAAAAGAAAGUAAGGGGAGGUUGAAGUACGCUAUCACAGACAACACAAACGGAAAAGAAAGUGUGCACAGACGUACACUUGGAAGUGCCUGAAUCUAAGUUUAAGGUGGAGUCUUUACCAUUGAGCCACCAGGGAAGCCCUUGCCUAGUCAUACAGGCUUGCAAAAGCACACCUGUGGUUUCUCUCCAGUAGUUUCACCUUUUUCAUACUGUGAAAUACUGAAGCCAUCUGAACCAUAAUGGAUUCUGAAUUAAUGCAUAGUAUAGUCGGAAGCUAUCUUAAACCUCCAGAAAGAGUGUGUGUUCCAUCAGUCACCCAGAGUGAUGAAUCAUCUCAGACUCGCUACUCUGUGAACUUAGAAGUUACAUCUUCUAAGAUGCUUCGUAGUCCAAAUAGCCAAGCUCUUAUUUUAGCAUUAAAAACUCUUCAGGAAAAGAUUCAUCGUUUAGAGUUAGAGAGAACACAAGCUGAAGAUAACCUGAACAUUCUUUCCAGAGAAGCGGCACAAUAUAAAAAGGCCUUGGAGAAUGAAACAAGUGAGAGAAAUCUGGCACAUGAGGAACUGAUAAAGCAGAAAAAAGAUAUAAGUAUGCAGUUAAGCUCAGCCCAGUCUCGCUGCAUCCUCCUAGAGAAGCAACUAGAAUAUACAAAGAGAAUGGUUCUCAAUGUAGAACGAGAGAAGAAUAUGAUCCUAGAACAACAGGCCCAGCUUCAAAGGGAAAAAGAACAGGAUCAUAUGAGGCUUCAUGCAAAACUUGAAAAGCUUGAUGUCUUAGAAAAAGAAUGUUUUAAGCUUACAACAACUCAGAAAACUGCUGAGGACAAGAUUAAACAUUUAGAGGAAAAACUAAAGGAAGAGGAACAUCAGCGUAAGCUCUUUCAAGAUAAAGCUUCUCAGCUUCAAACUGGACUUGAAAUCAAUAGAAUUUUAAUGUCUUCAGUAACAAAUCCAAGGCACUUCAAGGAAAAGAAGAAAUCUUCAAAGAAAACUAAAUGUUUAAGGAGAGGACCAUCUCAGCAAAUUUGUUCAAAAUUUGGAACACUGCCUAUUGUGGCUGAGAAGUCUGCCAGUGCAAGCCAUUCUGCAAAUGCAAGUACGCAAAACCUCCAAACAGUGCCACAUUAUGGGCCACAUAUCCUUCAGAAACCAGCUGAAGUUACUGAGCUUAGAUGUCUCUACAAGCCUUCUAGAACAACUUCUCAAUGUAAAGCUGUACCUUCUGACUCAGAAAAGUCCAUUUCUAUUUGCAACAAUUUGUCUGAACUUUUGAUGGCAAUGCAAGAUGAGCUGGACCAAAUGACUAUGGAGUACCAAGACCUGCUGAAUCAAAUGAAAGAAACUGAAAGCCAAUCAGUCUGUGAAGAUAUAGAAUGUGAACUAGAGCGUUUAGUCAAGAAAAUGGAAAUUAAAGGAGAACAAAUUUCCAAACUAAUGCAGCAUCAAGAUAGCGUCCGCAAACUGCAGCAAAAAGUUCAGAAUUCAAAGAUGAGUGAAACUUCAGCUAUUCAGCAAGAAGAUGGCAACUGUAAAGGAACAAAGAAUAUAAAAAAUAGCUCCAGAAAAUGUUUGCUAACUAACUCUCUUCAAAAGAACAGCAACUUUCGUCCAAUACGAGUCCAUAAUCUUCAGAUGAAAUUGAGACGAGAUGAUAUUAUGUGGGAACAGUAACACAAUAGCAAAACCAUCAUCUUGAAUGAACUUUGUCAAUGAGAUCUUGAACUGUCUAAAGUGGUUUUAAUUUAAUAACCUUUAUGAAAUUUUGAAUUAUGUUUCUAGCCUCUAUAAAGUAUCAAAUUGUAUUUUAAAAUGAAUGCCUAAUGACCUCCUAAGAAACCCAAAUAAUAAAUGAUUGCUUUCCUUUUC